UUGAGAAAGAGCAAAAUGCGCUUUUUACUGCUUUUUGUUGCGAUUUUCCCAUUUUGGUGCGAAAUUGAGGGAGCCAAUAUUUUAUUCAUGGCACCUUUGGCUUCUCCGAGUCAUCAUAAUUGGAAUCGGAAUCUUUACGUCGAAAUGGCAAAACGAGGUCAUAAUGUAACUGUAUUGUCUGUGGAUAAAGAUAAAGAACCCACGAAAAAUUUGCAUUAUAUUUUAAUGGAAGGAGUUUAUGAAGCUCUUCAUGACUCGAAUGAAGCUGUAGAUUUAAUAGAAUUUGCCAAAUUGAGUGAAUGGGGAGCUUUUGAGGCAUUUUGGCAUUGGUGCAGUUUCAAUAGUCGAUUAACGGCUGCCUCGAAAGGGAUUCAAACUCUCUUGAAUUAUCCUGAUAAUUUUAAAUUUGAUCUCAUUGUGGAUGAUUUAUCGAUGGCUCCAUUUAUUUUGGGAUUCAUCCAUAAAUUCAACUAUCCACCGGCAGUUGCUGUCACGCCAUUCUCGGUCCCGCACUACUUCACGCGUACCUUUGGAGGUCAUCGACAACCGUCGUACGUUUCGCAUCACGGAUCUCAGUUCUCCGAUAAAAUGUCGUUCUACGAACGAAUUGUCAAUUACUUGUUCUACCUCGUUGAUGACUAUUAUAUGGCUUAUCACGUCAUGCCUGAGCAGGAAUCUCUAAUGAGGCAAGUUUUCGGUCGUUUAAGAGAUUUACCGACACUCGAAACGCUCCAAUCGGAGGUCGGCCUUGCCUUGGUAAAUGUUCAUCCAGCAGUUGAACAAACUUUUCCCCUUCCCCCGAACAUGAUUCCUGUUGGAGGUCUACAAGUUCGCGAUCCAAAACCACUAGACCCUCCAAUCAAAACUUUUAUCGAGUCAGGCAAAGAGGGAACAGUUCUUUUCUCCCUCGGUACAAACGUUAAAAGUGAAAUGCUUGAUACCAAAACGAAAGAAAUGUUUAUCAAAGUGUUUGCGGAACUUCCGCAAUACAACUUCCUAUGGAAAUAUGAGUCAGAUUUGACAAUUCCCUUGCCGAAAAAUGUCAUGAUUCGACCUUGGCUGAAACAAAGCGAUAUUUUAGCUCACGAAAACUUGAAAGCUUUCAUCUCGCAUUGUGGCUUAAUGAGUACCCAAGAGGCGACAUGGCGCGGUAUUCCCGUCGUUGGGAUGCCAUUUUUCGCGGAUCAGCGACGCAAUGCGGUGGGAAUCGUAAACCGCGGAACAGGCGUUCGGUUAGAUGUUUUUACACUGACAAAGGAAAAGUUCAAGGCUGCCUUGUUAGAUGUCUUGCUGAAUCCAAAAUAUACUCAAAACGCCAAAUCGCGUGCUCGAGUAUUUCAAGAUCAAAUGGAGAAACCAAUCGACAGAGCCAUCUAUUGGUUGGAAUGGGCAAUGCGGCAUGGCGAAGACAUGCAAGUCAUUCAAUCGCCGGUAAAGGAACUCGGAUGGUUUGUCGGAAACGGAUACGAUGUAAUGUUGUUCGGCUUACUCAUUGUCCUUGUCGGCAGCUGGGCGCUACUUAAAACAUGCAAAGUAUUUUGUUGUGGCAGAAAGAAACGUUGUUCGAAGGAAACGAAAGAAAAAUCCAACUAAAAACGAAUAAAAAAAAAGUAACAUUUGUGUCUGCAACGAAAUGAACACUCUUUUCUGGUAGAAAAC